GAGGACCAGAACAGAAGGACCAAAAUACCAUUUGUUAAACAGCAUACAUUAUUUAUUUGUAUUUCAUUUAUUAUUUCAUUUUAUUAAGUAAUAGAGGAGCUUGUUCAACAUGAGUGCGAGUCUGAGUGAGCAGUAUGAGGAGAAGGUGCGGCCCUGUAUUGACCUGAUAGACUCUCUGCGGGCUCUGGGUGUGGAGAAGGACCUGGCACUGCCCGCUAUAGCCGUGAUCGGUGACCAAAGCUCGGGGAAAAGUUCAGUACUGGAGGCGCUGUCUGGGGUGACACUGCCCCGCGGGAGUGGAAUCGUGACUCGAUGUCCACUGGAGCUGAAGAUGAAGAGGAGCAAGGAUGAGGAUGUGUGGCACGCAAAGAUCAGCUACCAAAAUCACGAGGAGGAGAUUGAAGAUCCAGCAGACGUGGAGAAAAUGAUCAGAAAAGCUCAGGAUCAAAUAGCCGGUGUCGGCGUCGGCAUCAGUGACGAACUCAUCAGUCUAGAGGUGACGUCGUCAGACGUUCCUGACCUCACGCUUAUCGAUCUGCCUGGCAUUGCUCGCGUAGCAGUAAAAGGGCAACCUGAGAACAUCGGGGAACAGAUCAAGAGGCUGAUCUCAAAGGUCAUCGCAAAGCAGGAAACCAUCAACCUGGUGGUGGUGCCGUGUAACGUGGACAUAGCCACCACCGAAGCACUGAAGAUGGCACAGGAAGUAGAUCGAGAAGGCGAGAGAACCCUCGGCAUCCUAACGAAGCCCGACCUGGUGGAUAAAGGCACGGAGGAGACGGUGUUGUCCAUCGUUCAUAACGAGAUCGUCAACCUGACUAAAGGCUACAUGAUCGUCAGGUGUCGAGGGCAGAAGGAGAUCAUGGACCGGGUCUCUCUGAACGAAGCCACUGACAAGGAGAAGGACUUCUUCAGAGAUCACCCGCACUUCAGCACGCUGUAUGAGGAAGGUAAAGCCACCAUCCCCAAACUGGCUGAGAAACUCACGCUGGAACUCGUCCAUCACAUCGAGCGGUCUCUGCCGCGGCUGGAGGAGCAGAUCGAGAAGAAGUUGGCUGAAACUCAGGCCGAGCUGGAGCGCUAUGGCUCCGGACCCCCCACAGAUCCAGCAGGGCAGAUCGCCUUUCUGAUAGACAAAAUCACAGCGUUCACUCAUGACGUUGUGAACCUGACGACCGGAGAGGAGCUGAGGAACGUGCAACACUUCAACAUUUUCUCAGAACUCCGUCGUUACUUUGCACGUUGGAAGGUUCAACUAGAUUCAUCCGGAGUGAAGUUCAACCAAAGAAUUGAGAAGGAAGUGGAGGACUAUGAGAUGAAAUAUCGAGGCAGAGAGCUUCCAGGCUUCAUCAACUACAAAACCUUUGAGAUGAUGGUGAAGGAGCAGAUCAAGCAGCUUGAGGAACCUGCCAUCAAAAUGCUAAAAGAUACCUCAGAUCUCAUUAGGAAACGCUUACUCCAGCUGGCUCAGAACAGCUUCGUGGGCUUCCCCAACCUCAUCAAAACAGCGAAGGGCAAGAUCGAGAACAUAAAGCAGCAGAAGGAGACGGAGGCCGAGACGACGUUGAGGACUCAGUUUAAGAUGGAGAUGAUCAUCUACACCCAGGACAGCAUGUACAGUGACUAUCUGAGCAAGAUAAGAAAUGAAGAAGAUGAGGAAGACAGCGGAAGGUCUUUUGAACCCAAACAUCGCAGCAUCAUUUCCAGUUCUUGGUUUAAUUACCAAGAUAACAAAGCCACUCUUCAGGAACUGAUGCGCCACCUCAAGUCCUACUAUGACAUCGCGAGUAAGCGUCUGGCUGAUCAGCUGCCGCUGCUGUUGAUGUAUCUGCUGCUGCAGCAGUCGGCUGCGCAGCUGCAGAGAGAAAUGCUUCAGCUCAUCCAGGAAAAAGACGCCACCGAGCAUCUGCUGAAGGAAGACCACGACAUCGGAAACAAGCGCGCUGGCCUGGAGAGCCGCCAGAACCGCUUGAGGCAGGCCCGCAGCUACCUGGUCAAGUUUUAGGCUCCAUCAUGUUUUCACAUUUAUGGUCCGUUGGGUUACUGGAUUGUGUUUGUUACAGGCUUGAUGAAUGGUGUGAUUUCGAGAAUAAAUUCGAAAUAAGGGAUGUUGAGGAUUUGGUAAAGUUCUACUUUUAUAUUGGUUUUUAAAUAUGAAUCUCAAUCCCCUGCACAUCAGCACCAGUGUGUAAUAAGUAUAAGGAAACUGAACCUGCUUUGCUAGAAGCUGCAUUUAUUUAGAAGAAGCAGACAAACAUUUCUCUUUUGUUGAAGCAGAAUUUGCAGGUCGUGGCCUUCUAAGCUAUGGUGCUCCCUUUCGUCCAUGCUUCUAUAAAUUGGCAAGCCUAUGAUGGCCAUCCUAGCACACCCCUGUCCCUAAUAUUUAUUCUUAAAAUCCUUUCCACUUAAAAAAAAAAAAAACACCAAUUCGCUGUGGUAGUAAUCAUCUGUAGCUGCUUUAUUACUGCUGUAAAGCUACAACUGUUUUAGACAAGAACGUUAUAAAUGUUACAUAUUUAUCAAUAUUUAUCUGACUAGCUGUUAUUAAAGAUAUAGUAUAGUGCAGGGGUGGACCAUUACAGUUUUCCAAGGGAAACUGGGACUGUUGUGGAGAACUGGACCAAGAGGCUGAACUUGAUGAGGGGUAGAUUGUACAGUUUUGAUAAGCUGUUACUGUUAAGAGUAAAUGCUACAAUCAGGCAAUUAAAAUGACAAGCAGGCGAGGAAAACAUCAACAUUCCUUAAUCAACUUUUAUAAAAACAGUUGUGAACAAAA